AUGGCGAUUAACAAGAAGACCAAGGUGGCUGGUAAGAAGCUGACGCACAACCGACUUGCAGAUCCGGCUGUGCCGAAUGCCUUUGGCCGUAUCCUCCAGAACGGCCUCUACGAGUGUCGUGUGCCAGUUGGAGGACGACGAUGCGGAGCGCAGAUGUUAAACGCGAAACACAAUAUUCGAUCUCACAUCUCCAAGAAGCACCGCGAUGAUUCUGCUUAUAAGAAGAAUCAGAGAGCAGGGAUUUGGCCUUGCGUGAACGAGGAUUGUGUCAACGAGGGCCGAAUUUACCCCAACUUCCACUCGUUGGUGGGACACGCUCGUUCCGUACAUGGAAUGAAGGGAGAUUCCAAGCCGCUCAAGCAGAGAGCGACCAACCUUCGUCGAAAAAUGGCCGAGAAAGAGCGUCGGGAGAUGCGGGAUGCGGAAAGAGAGGCGCAAGAAAACGCCUCAGAUGACGCCGAAUACGAGGAAGAAUCCCUCUUCGUGGAGCAGCCCGACGAGCCUGAUGGUCCUUCUGGCGGCAAUUUUGAUCGUGAUCCUCCUGGCACGGGUGGCAGUCAGCCAAUUCCCGUUGCGUAG